GCUGAACCAUUUUUAAAGUAAAACAGAAAAUAAUAAAAUACAAUAUAUAAUACAAUACAAUAAUAAAUAUGGAAGGAUUUUUACAAGAAUUAAAAAAAGUUCAGAUAAAUAAUACAUCUAAGCUAGCUAGUAUUGAUGUUGUUGAAAUGUAUCCGUCAAUCACAUGGAAAUUGAUUAACAAUCAGUUAAACAAAAUGAAUGUAGAACCUUAUAUUAUAGAUUUGAUUGAGUUUGCCUAUAAGAGUAACUAUUUAGAAUUAAAUAAUAAAUAUUACACGCAAGAAGAUGGCAUUAGUAUGGGGUCAGUUAUAGGACCGAAAUUAGCGGAAUUAAUAAUGAUUGAAAUUGACAUGAAAAUAAAAAAUAUUUUAGGCAUAAAUUUCUAUAGAAGGUAUGUUGAUGACAUACUAAUAGUAUAUAAUGAAGCUGAAAUAACAACAGACAAGAUAGAAGAAUUAAUAAAUGGUAUCCAUAAUGAAAUCAAGUUUACUAUAGAAAAAGAAACAACUGAUAACAGCAUAGCAUACCUCGAUGUGAUGAUUAAACGGAGAGAAAGAAAAUUAAUACUUGAACCUUUUAGAAAACAAUGUUCAGUCAACAAGACAUUGAAUUACCGUUCGAAUAUCCCUUUACAUAUAAAAAAGAAUAUCUUUUAUAUGGAAUAUACGAAUAUACUUAGUAGAACCAGUGAACAAGAGACAAAACAGAAAUAUAUAAACAGUCUAAAAAAGAAAUUUAGUUUGAAUGGAUAUCCUACAAGAUUAAUCAACAAUUGGCAAAAAAACAUAGAUAAUAAAGUUCCUUUUCCUUCCAAAAAAGAUGCAGAAAAGAAAAUUAAAUACUUAAGCUUUCCAUAUAUAAAACAUGUAUAUGAAAAAAUUAAUAAAGAACUUAGGAAAAAUAACAUACAGCUCGCACCAAAUUAUAAAAAUUUAAUAUCUAGAUUAAAUAAGAAACAAUGUUCAACAAAUAAUAUAGAGGAUAAAAAUGAAAUUAAAAAUGUUGUCUAUAAAAUACCCUGUACUUGUAAGAAUAACAGUUUUUACAUAGGAGAAACAAAAAGAACAUUAAAAACACGUGUUAAAGAACACAUAUCCGAUUUAAAAUAUAGUCGUCUGAACUCCGCUUUUUAUGAUCAUUGUGUAAUCAAUAAUUGUAAUAUAAACCAAUCUAAUAUACAAAUUUUACAUAAAGAAAAACGGAUUUAUGACAGAAAAUUUAAAGAAAGUGUGGAAAUAUUACGAAACAAAAACCAAGGCUGUAUAAAUAAAAACUUAAGUGUUAAAAUUCAUGAAAAUUGGUUAAAAAUAUUAUAAUGAAAUGUACUAGAUUAAUACAAUUUAUAAUAAUAGAAUGGUAAAAAAGAAUUAUUUAAUGAAACAAUGUUCUGUAUUAACGUCAUAUGUAAAUUAGAUAAUAAGAAAAUAUGCAGAGUAAACUUUAAGAGAA